CCGACACCACUCCGACACUGCGCCAACAAGGUCGGACAGCGCAUUUCCCAGUCGCUACGCAUCCGCCUGGACAAGAGGGUCUCGCAAAGUUUCUCGCCAUAUCGCAAACAUGGCCUCCAAGCUCCGCAUUCUGGUGCCCGUGAAGCGGGUCAUUGACUACGCCGUCAAACCCCGGAUCAACAAGGCGCAAACGGCCAUCGAGACGGCCGGCGUCAAGCACAGCAUGAACCCGUUCGACGAGCUGUCGGUCGAAGAAGCGAUCCGGCUGCGCGAGCGCAACAAGCAGCCCGUUGAAGAGAUCAUCACGUGGAGCGCGGGGCCGGCCAAAGCGGCAGACACGCUGCGGACGGCGAUGGCUAUGGGCGCGGACCGGGCCAUCCACGUGCAGAUGGCGGAGUCGACGGCGGCGGGCAAGGACGGCGGCGAGCUGGAGCCGCUCAACGUCGCAAAGAUGCUGCAGAAGGCCGUCGAGGAGGAAAAGGCAAACCUCGUCAUCCUGGGCAAGCAGAGCAUCGACGACGACGCCAACCAGACGGGCCAGAUGCUCGCGGGCUUGCUGAACUGGCCCCAGGCUACCCAGGCCAGCAAGGUCGAGAUCGAGAACGAUACCUGCACCGUCACGCGCGAGGUUGAUGGUGGCGUCGAGACGCUGCGCGCGAAGCUGCCCAUGGUCAUCACCACCGACUUGCGCCUGAACGAGCCGCGCUACGCCUCCCUCUCCAACAUUAUGAAGGCGAAGAAGAAGCCGCUGGUCAAGAAGGCCCUGGAGGACUAUGGUGUUGACCUCAAGAGGCGGCUGCAGACGGUCAAGGUCACGGAGCCGCCGGAGAGGCAGGGCGGCCAGAAGGUCCAGGAUGUGGAUGGCAUGAUCGGCAAGCUGAAGGAGCUGGGUGCUUUGUAAUUGAGGUGAGCGCUUUUGUGCCGGACUUGAGAAGGGUCCAGACGACUCUAGAGGACUGGUGUGUCGUGAUACCACCUAGAUAGAGUAAGGAAAUGAUCUCGGUAGUAGGUUUGUAUAUAGCCGGUUGUGGUUUCCCGCUUUUCCUCCAAUGUAUUCCAUUUUUAUUACGAGUAUUUCUUUUUUGGUAAGACAUGCACUGUUGCUGCGUAUGUUUAUCCGUUUUUUUUUUUUUUUUUU